AUGGGGCUAAUCCGUUCGGAAAAGGGAGUCGACUUUCCGCCAAUCUCGCACCCUCAACCUGUUAAGUCUGGUUGUCUGAGAGUCUCGAGUUCAGAGAAGAGUUGCAAUGGGAGCGAGAGCGCUUCUGGUAUACUGGCCGACUUCGAUAUACUCGUUGCGCCCGAGGAUAUCUUAAGUCAGUCCAAAGACCUGGGACAAAUUGAUCAUAUGCCCGCCAGGUACAGUGAGAAGGACGAAUGGGGGCUGGGCUUCGCCGCAGGUGACUCCAGUUCUUGCGAGAAGAUAGUAGCCCAUAUUGAACUGAACCCCUUAUAUCAUCAUCGACCGAAGAAAAGACAGAGAACGAAUGUUGACGAGGGCAAGCCCACAGCCGUCCUGAUCUACGCACGGCCUGCACAAAGCCAUGUUCGGCCACCAAAGGCUGCAGGGACCAUAACAGAUGCAAUCAUUGCAUUGAGUGCAGUUCUGCAUGAAGAUAAACCGAUUAGGGGUGUCAUUAACCCUCGCAAGGAAGCUGCCUAUGCGUAUGCGUACGACGUCCUUGGACUCGGAUGA